UUCCAUACCUGUCGAAGAAGUCUAUUAUACUAAAAUGUCUGACGUUGAACAAGAACAAAUUGUCGAAGAAGUUGCCGUUGAACAAACCGAAGCCGGCUCCAUCUCCAUCGAAGAUGCCUUGAAGGUCGUCUUGAGAACCUCUUUGGUCCACGACGGUUUGGCCAGAGGUUUGAGAGAAGCUUCCAAGGCUCUUUCUAGAAGAGAAGCUCAAUUGUGUGUUCUCUGUGACUCUGUCACCGAAGAAUCCAUCAUCAAGUUGGUUGAAGCUUUGUGUAACGAGCCAGAAGAAAAGAUCCCAUUGAUCAAGGUCUCUGACGCCAAGUUGUUGGGUGAAUGGGCUGGUCUCUGUCAAUUGGACAGAGAAGGUAACGCCAGAAAGGUCGUUGGUGCCUCUUGUGUUGUCGUCAAGAACUGGGGUGCUGACUCUGAUGAAAGAAACAUCUUGUUGGAACACUUCUCUCAACAAUAAAUGAGCGGUUUAGCAGUUGGUUCUGCUGAAUUGCUGCCCUGAACAUCUUGUCUUUGACGGGUGUUCUGAAAAGGUAGUGAUAUUUUGUAUAGUAUUAAUAUUAAUAUAAAAUCCUAUUUUUC